GCCCCGCCCCUCCGGCGGCGGAGUGCGCGCCCCUCCUCUGCCCCGGAGCUCCCUCAGCUCCGGCUGCAAAUGCUUGUGGGCUCCGAAGAACUGUCCCCACUCGGAGUGCUUGGGUACCUGCAGCCAGCAUGGAGGCUCGCCGCGCGCGGCAAAAGGCUCUCAAAGUGAAGAACUUGAAGAACGUCAGAUAUAUGAAGCUGAUUUCCAUGGAAACGUCGUCCUCCUCUGAUGACAGUUGUGACAGCUUUGCUUCUGAUAAUUUUGCAAACACAAAGCCAAGGCCAGAUGUCGCUAACGAAUUGGCCAGUGUUUUUCAUGCCGACUCUGAUGAGGAAUCAUUUUGCGGUUUUUCAGAGAGUGAGAUACAAGAUGGAAUGAGACUGCAGUUAGACAGGGAAGGCUGCCGGACCAGAAGUCAGUGCCGUCAUUCGGGACCUCUCAGGGUAGCCAUGAAGUUCCCAGCACGAAACCCGCGGGGGCCAGCCAACAAAAAAGCCGUCCCCUCAAAAGCCACUGAGAACUCUGCAAACGAUUCCCAUUCUGACUCCGAGGAAGAAGACGGCAUGAACUUUCUGGAGAAGAGGGCCUUAAAUAUAAAGCAAAACAAAGCAAUGCUUGCAAAGCUGAUGUCAGAAUUAGAAAGUUUCCCUGGCAUAUUCUCCGGAAGAAAUUCCCUCUCCGGUCACGGAUCCAAAGGUUCAAAGUCCCCUAGAAGACGUACCUUCCCAGGCGUGGCUUCCAGAAAGAACCCUGAACGGAGAGCCCGGCCUCUCACUAGGUCAAGGUCCCGGAUCCUGGGGUCUUCAGGUGCUCUGCCCACAGAGGAGGAGGAAGAAGAAGAAGAAGAGGAUAAAUACAUGCUAGUGAGGAGGAGGAAGUCCGUGGAUGGCUACAUGAAUGACGACGACAUGCCCAGAAGCCGACGCCCUGGAACCAUGACCCUCCCGCAUAUAAUCCGCCCUGUGGAAGAAGUUACGGAGGAAGAGAUCAGAAACAUCUGUAGCAACUCUCGGGAGAAGAUCUACAACCGGUCGCUGGGUUCUACAUGCCAUCAGUGUCGCCAGAAAACCAUCGACACCAAAACAAACUGCAGGAACCCAGACUGCUGGGGCAUCCGGGGCCAGUUCUGUGGGCCCUGCCUUCGAAACCGCUAUGGUGAAGAGGUCAAGGAUGCUCUGUUGGACCCGAACUGGCACUGCCCGCCCUGCCGAGGAAUUUGCAACUGCAGCUUCUGCCGCCAGCGAGACGGACGCUGCGCCACGGGAGUCCUCGUGUAUUUAGCCAAGUACCAUGGCUUUGGGAACGUGCAUGCUUACUUGAAAAGUCUGAAGCAGGAAUUUGAAAUGCAAGCCUGAAGAUCCGCUGCCUGUUUUCGGCUUCUCAAGACUCUUGUUGAUACUGUCGUUGAUGGGCGCCCGAGCGAGAAUCGUGGCGAUCGUCUUAGAACUCAGUCAGAUUAAUCUUGUGGGAUUCACACUUGUUUCGGGGACCUCAUACUUCUAGUUACACUUCAGCUACGUGUAGUUCCCCACAGCUUGCCCUGGCCCCUACCUUGUAGCCUCCCCGCUCCCAUGGUCCUUUACUACCACUUCGUUUGAGUUCUUCUUAAGUGGCAGUUUUAGAAAGCAUAUUUGUUUUAUUGGUGUUGAAAUAGUCUCAGGACAUACCAAUAAACCCAAGCACUUAGGGGUACAGUAGUGUUGGGCACAGCAGUUCUGCUAAGUUGCAGAGAACAGCCCUUUAACUUGUUUACAUAGAAUCGAUGCACGCGGUUCAGCGGCUAGCGUGCCGUCGGCUGACGUUUGAAAUGGAUCAGGCCGAGGCACAAACAAAGGUCUGAAAACAAUGUGGGAAAUUAGGUAAUUGCUGGGAAGUGGAGUAGCACAUUCAGUGACUUUCUGGACAAACAGAACUCCUUUGUGUUGUGCUCAGCGUAUACCCUGUCGCAGUGGAAACUCGGUUGCUACUAAGAUCGUCCCUAAGUUAGAGUGGUCCAUCUGUGUACACACACAGUCUCCCUAAGGUACCAUACUGACUUAAACUGCUGUAGAAGAAGCCUUCUAGGAAGUGAGGACGAGUCUCUGCGAAGGGCUGAUCUGAAAUCUUGCUGUGACGAUUCAGAAACUUUAAAUAGCUUCCUUUGGUUCCAGGAAGUUUCCUGAGGAGGACCCCCUGGAGGUUGUGUCCAGGGUUUCCGUUUAGGUUCUAAACAGUUUUGUGACAGAUGGGUAGCUCUGAACCACUCUAGCGAGCUACCCCAGCCGGUUCUUGGGCUGAUGCCGGCAGUCGCCCCUCCCCCCCUCCUGUUGCUGUCUCCCUCUCUGUUUGUGAUGCACGGUUGGACCUUGAAUCAUUCGGUGUAAAUACAGCUUUGCCCUCUAAUGCUUUUAUACAAAGGUUUUUAUUUUAAUAAUAAAACAUUUUGUUUAA